AUGUCAAAGAAUCAGGAGAAAUUAAAAAAGGAAUUACUAGAAUAGGUAAGCAGAGAUGUUCAAAAUGCCUAAGACCCUUAGAAAGAAGCAUUUAAAUUAGUGUAGAAUGCAAAUGAAACCUUUAAAUAAUUUGAAUCUGCACUCAAAAAGCCAUUAGAUGAUGAGAUGUUAAAGUAAAGGGGUUCAUCAAAGAAAAAUGUGUAAUUUGCAGAUACCAUAAAAACUUCUGCAGAAAUGGAUAGACCAAAAUCGGUUGAAAAUAAAAAAGAUGAAAAACCAAUCCUUUAACCAUUAUCCAAGUAAAAUGAAACGAAAGCAUCCCAACCUGAAAGAUAGAGCAGAGCCUCCAAGAAGGAAAGCAAAGUUGAUAAGCCUUAAUAAAAAAUGAAUCCAAAAUAAGAAAAGCCAAUAGUAGUAAUUCCAGAAAAGAAACCAUAACCAAAGGAAAAUUAGGAAUCUAAGAAAAGUAACUUAUAAGAUUUGUCCUAAAAACCAUAACCAAUCACAUUCAAUCAACAGUAGGUUUAGGAGAGAGAGAGAGUAAUCUAAAAUUAAAAGUAAGUAUUCUCUGAAAGUGAAUCUUCAAGUGGGUAUGAUGAAAGUAGAAGGGAGAAGGGAAAUCAUGGUCAUUCUUGCAGAAAGCACUCAAAAGAAAGAGAAAUAGCUAAUAGAUAUGAAGAGAUUAUAUUGAAAAAUCAGGAAUCUGCCUAAUAAUUAUAGGUGUAAUUGAACGAAUAGAAUAUCGAAAAAAGUAAACUAAUUACAGAAAACAUCAAGCUGUAAAGUAUAAACGAUAUGCUGUAAUAAGAAAUUAAAAACUUGAAUCAAUAGUUGAGUCAGUCCAAAAGACAGAUAGAUUAAUUGGAUAAAUAACUAUAUGAUCUAAAGCAAGCCUCUAGAUCUGAAUUAUUAAUUGUUAAGGAUUAAUUAUAGGAGUCUAAAUUUCAAUGUGCAGAAUUGGAAAACAAGAAUAAUUAUCUUAAUAAAGCCAAAGAUACAUUUGAGCAGAAUCUAAAGUAGUUUGAAUCAGAAGUAGGAAGAUUAUAGAAAAUUAAUCUCUAACAAACUUAGGUAGCAGCUUAAGACAAAUUAGCUAUCUUAGAGAAAGAUGGUACAAUUGAAAGAUUAGAGAAAUUAAAUCAUUAAUUGAGUAUUGAUCUCAAUUAGAUAAAUGCUUUAUAUAAGGAAGUGAAUGAGAAGCACAAAAGUUUAUUAGCAGCGUAUAAUAGUUUAGAGAAUUAGAAAAUUACAAUAGAGAAUGAUUUAGAGUUUAGAAAGAAGGAUCAGUAAGAAAAUUUGAGUGCUUUAAAAGAAAAGAUUUAGAAACUGACAAACCAGAAGGAGAUAUACGAUGAGGAAAUGGGAAAGAUGCAACAAAUAGUUAAAGAUGCUAAGAGUGAGAGAGAUUAAUAUAAAUUAUAAUAUGAAUAAAUGAAGGUGUUGUGUUCUGAAUCUGAGGAAUUGAGGAAGAGACUGAAGUUAAGAGAAGUAGAAAAUGAAUAGUUAUAAUGUGAGAAUGAUAAACUGAAAUGGAAGGUGAGAAAAGAUCCCAAUGGCAUAUUGUCAGAUCUCAAAAUAAUGAAGUUAUAAGCAGAAGAUCCAAAUGCGAAAGUAUCGAUGGAACAACUAUCGAAGUUGGAUAACCAAGUCAGAUAAUUAUAGGAGGAGAAUAAUAGAUUAAGUGCAGAAAAUAAGUAGUUACUCAAAUAGAUUUAAUAAACUGAGUUGUAUGUUCAAGAAGUGAAAUCGAUGUUUGAUAGGGAGAGAUCAUUUUUGGAAGAGAAGGUGUUUAAUAAAGAGAAAGAAAUUAAUGAGAUGAUUAUUCGACAUCGUCAUGAAAUGGCUGAAAUUGAAAACAAAAAUCAAGAUUUUUAAAGGAGGUUGGAGAAUGAAAACAAAGCCAGACAAACUCAUUAGGCCUAUCAGCAAUAAUCCUACUCUCAGUACAAUCCCUCUAGUGCGGUUCAACAAUCGGCCUCUAAGGUCUCUCCUUAUAGUGUGCCUUAACUAUAAGCAAAAAUUAAAUCUUAUAUUUGA